AUGCCCCAAGAGAGGUCAUUUCUGAGCUCACUCAAUGUUAAGAACAACCCCUUCGUUUCAUGCAGCCUACCACUGCUAAAUCAACGGUACGAUUGCCAUAUGGAAGAGGUAAGAAGGAACUUAAAGCCGAUGGGUGGACUUGGUGUACCGGAUGGUACAUCCAAAAACUCCCAAUAUCCCAAUGACUUCCCCUCCAAUAACUUCGCCCAUAAUGCAAACAACUCAGGAGCUGCAAUUAAUUGCGAAUUUCCUAAUGAGGACUUCAACAGUGAUGCAGUGAAACUGAGACUGCGAGCAGAAUUACCGCAUCUCACGAGAAAGCAAAUCGCCCAAUUACAGUUACCCUUUUACGAGACGUUAUGCCACGAUCUUUUGGAGAAUGGCUACCACUACGCCUUUACCGAGCUAUUCGCAAUCCACCAAAAACAGAUGGAGGAGCGUAGAAGAGCAGGACCGGAUUCUUCGCUCUGGACAAUUCCUUCAAUUAGUGAACAGUCAGAGAAAAUCCAUAUGCUAAGAGACCAGCUGUCGAAGGCAGAGGCGGCGACAAGACGCCAGGACAAUCACACCGUUUUCACGUGCUACCUCAGAUUGGCCAAGUUCUUCAACGACUAUCCCGAUGAACUUUGGUUGGCGGAGCACUUCUUCGAUUACUGCUUCACUGUGGCCAAACGCAUUACCGAUGAUGGGGGGCUGAAGAUGGCACAGGCCUACGAAUAUAAUGGUCUGGCGAAGGAGACUAAGGGCGACCUCCAAAUGGCAUGCUCAUUCUUUAUUCAACUCUACAACGCCACCCGUGAUAAGGCCUGGAAAGAAGAGGACGGUACCAAGAUGUCCAAAAACGCAGACAGACAUCUCGUUCGCAUCUACCAUGCGCUGCUGGAGGCUACGCCGAAAGAACAUCUCUGUGAACGCAUGGCCUACUGCAUCAAGGCCCACGAUAUAGCGUCAGCCAGUAAUGAUUGGACCUUGGCGGCCCCAGCGAGUUUGAAAAUGGGUCAAAUGUACCAAGAAGCAAAUAAAAUAUCUGAAGCCAUUACGUUUUAUCGUGGUUACUUUGACCUAUCCAAAGGCGCUAAUGAUUGGGUCAGUCUUGGCAACGCCUGUGAAUCUCUUGCACAGCUAUUUGAGUCACAGAACAAUAUGCAAGAGACGAUUCGAUACCUGAAGAUCUACGCCGAAUUGUGCGAGGAGCACUGUGACUGGCUGCAACUUUGCAAGGCAAGCCGACUGCUCGGUCACGCCUACGACAAAGCGGGCCAGGCGCAGGAGGCCCUUCAGUGGAUAUUAAAGGCAUACAAAAUGCCACACUCCAUCAAUACACCGAAUCCAGCUCAGUUCCGAAAAUAUACGGAGACCUCAAGAUUGAUGAUCGGCGUAACACGGGCACAUUGUAUGAACGUCCUCUUCACCAAUGCUAUCAUUACUGGCACCUCAGAUGCCCUGCUUCGCAUCAUUGAAUGGAAAGCAGACCCACGUAAUGAGCAGAAACUCUUCAUGAGUUUUGAAAAGAGACCCAGUUAG